AUGUCUCUUCUUUCACUUCCAACAGAGAUUCUUAGACUUAUUUGCCAGGAGUUCUGCCUUCAUUGCAAGAAUGCAGCUUUUCACAAGCGCUCCUACUUCACCUACGCAGACUCAUAUACGCCUCCCGAAACAGCGACGUUGGUUGACCUCUGUUUGACAUGCAAAUACUUAGCGCGCAUAGCACAGCCUUAUUUGUACCAUCGGCCGCGAGGACCGCUGUUCUUCCCUUUUGUGAAGACCAUCAACAAAAAACCGGAACUGGGCCAUCUCGUUAAGAAUCUCUCCGUGGCCCGAGUCCUUUUGCCUCACUGGGACUUGAACGCUCGGCUCUACAAUUUCUUGGAUUACGUGCCCGCGUUUCUACAGUCGUGUGAUCAUAUGAGUGAUACCCAGUUGUAUCGAGAUGCACAAACAUGCGAGUUUAAUCCAGUGUCAAAGUCUUUCGUAAGACGCCUGAGUCUUCCGACGUUAACGACAUUUGACGACGAGCGCGAUGCUCUGUUCAUCACGUCCGCUCUCUCUUUGAUGCCUAAUCUAAGAAAACUUGACAUUGGUAUUGGGAGCUACUGGUCGUUCCGAUGGUGCCGGCCGAAUUCUCUGAGUUCUUUACGGGAACUCACUAUCACGCAGGGGUAUGUAGAUCAACCACCAGACGGCGGUGCUAUUCGUGGAUUGCUCGAAGCCGCUCCAGCGUUAGAGAGGCUUGUGUUUAAUGAAGUCGUCCAUGAGCUUCACAAAGGUACCACACCCUACCUUAGUCACACAAAUGUCAAAGAGCUCAUCUUCAACGCGUCUACUCUCCCAACAGACAAUCUGAGAACGCUGAUGAAGGGUUUUCCAAGUCUGGAGACAUUCUACUUUGGUUGGGAUUUCAUGAUGAUAUGGUCAGGCAUCAAAGGGAUACGGCUCGUUGCAAGUGUCAUGUCUGGAAUAGUGAUGAGGAGGAAAGAUACCAUCAGACACAUGUCGCUUGACCUUAGUGGUCUGGAUAGCAGAGGGACCCAGAGACUACAAGACCUCUCUAGUAUGUCGGUUCUCGAAACGCUUCACAUUCACGGAUCAAUGCUCCCAGGAGAGUCAGUAAACGAGCCAGGAGUUGCUUUGACAGUUUCCGAGAUCCUUCCAUCUUCUAUCAAGGAGUUUGGUAUCAUGCGUGAAGCACAAAAGUAUCUGUGGGAGGAAUUGCUGGACCUAGUCACUACAUCAAGUGUGAAACAUCCGCAUCUGCAAAAGGUCAUUGUCGCGAGUGGUGAUCUUGACAACGAAGACGGGGCCGAUUGGGUGAAAACUUUUACCUCGGCUUGUAACGAACGUAACAUAGAGCUCUCGAUGGAUGAGCCUAAGCAUUGGAGGGCUCUUACCAGACCGAUCUCUCACUGGACCGAUGAUGGGAAGUUCAAGGAUCACCGAUGA